ACAAAAAUGCUUCAAAAUAGAAGUGGCAUGCGGAACUUUUAUUCCACCCCAGCAGGCAUUUUAAAUCUCAUGUAGCCAAACACCAUCUGAACGUUUGUUGUACGGCUUUCCGAUCGAAAUGUCAAGGAAAAUAAAGUGACAGGUGAGCCAGUGGUUGGGGAGUCCGUCGCCGCCUGUCCAGGACAUGCAGGGUGGGGCUUUCCCUUUUGUUUUGGUCCUCUGUCCGCUGCUGCUGCUGCUGCCGUUCGGCGGGAGCUCGCAUCAAGAAGCAGAUAAACCCUCAACCCCCACCUCAAGGUUUCAGCGGUACCUCAGGAUAAGGACGUGCCACCCCAGCCCGGAUUAUGAAGCGGCAGCUUCAUUCCUAGUCUCCCAAGCCAAAGCCAUUGGCCUUAAGACGCUGGUCCUCGAGUUUGUGGAGAAGAAGCCCGUGCUCGUCUUCUCAUGGCCUGGACAGGACCCGUCAUUGCCGUCCAUCCUCCUGAAUUGCCACAUGGAUUCCGUCCCAGCCGAGGCCGAAAAGUGGCUAUACCCACCCUUCUCCGCUACCAAGGAUCCAUCUGGAAACAUUUUUGCCAGGGGUUCCCAAGAUGACAAAUGCAUAGGAAUGCAGUACCUUGAAGCCCUAAGGAACCUGAAGAAGUCUUCCUUCAUCCCUCUCAGGACCAUCCAUGUCUCGUUCGUCCCAGACGAAGAGAUCGGGGGACUUGAUGGUGCGAAGAGAUUCGUAGGAUCUAGGGAAUUCAUGGAGUUGAAUGUGGGGUUUAUUUUGGACGAAGGCCAGGCGUCACCCACUGGCGAAUUUAGGGUCUUCUACGCGGAUCGGUUGCCAUGGUCGUUGGUCAUCCGCUCGUCGGGCAAACCAGGCCAUGGGUCGAAGUUGUACGAUGGUAGCGCAAUGGAAAACUUAGUACGGAGCAUGGAGAUUAUCGCUCGUUUUAGGGAGAACCAGUUUGACAUGGCGAAGGCAGGUUUCGUCCCAAAGUCAGAAGUGAUAUCAGUGAACCCUGUGUACGUGAAAGCCGGUACGCCGACACCUACUGGUUUUGUUAUGAAUCUGCAACCCUCAGAAGCAGAGGCAGGGUUCGAUGUUCGCCUUCCACCAAUGGCUGACCCAGAACUUUUAAGGAAAAGAAUUGCUUAUGAAUGGGCUCCUUCGACAAAGAACAUGACCUACCAGCUGAUUCAGAAGGGACCUCAAAGGGAUUAUAAUGGUCAUCCCCUUGUAACUUUUCCAAAUGAGUCCAACCCAUGGUGGAAGGUCUUUGAAGAAGCGGUGACUGCAUCUGGUGGAAAGCUUUCCAAGCCAGAGAUAUUAGCAUCAACAACUGAUGCUCGAUAUGCAAGAGAGAUGGGAAUACCAACACUUGGUUUCUCACCCAUGAUGAACACACCUAUCUUGCUCCAUGAACAUAAUGAGUUCUUGAAUGAAGCUGUCUAUCUUAAUGGCGUCAAAGUUUAUGAGUCUAUCAUAAGGAUGCUUAGUUUGUGCUCCUUAUGCUCGCAACAAAUUUGACAUACCAGAACGUCAAGAACCAACAAGGCAAAACCUUGGUGCCCUUGAUCAGGUCUUGACUUGCUCUAUUCAGUGCAAGUGCAUUGCCUGUUUAGGAAAUGUAAGGAGUUAGCUGGCGAGUUUGUGCACAAAGAUUAUCCAUCUUCUUUGAACAUGCAUAUUGUAAUAUUAAUAAACAAACAAAUACUAAAAAAAUGUCGUAAAAAAAUAGCAUUAUAUCCUGUUGAACUUUAUGAAUACAAGGUCUGAUUUAUAAAUCCUGCAAUUUUCUGUUA